CAGAUCUUGCAUUAAGAGAAGAAUUUUGGAAUUUGUAUGGAUUUAAGAAAUCAGAUGUUGAACUUCUCUUGGACAAUGCUUUUGGAAAUGGUUUUCUAUUUGAUGCUAAGGAGGGGGUAAUAAAAUGGUUAAAGGAGGAAUUUGGCGGGUAUUUUUUUAACCCUGAUCAACCUGAAGGCGUUUUCAAUACUGCUUCUUCUUCGCUUUCCUUCCGAUCCGCACACACUGCCCUCACAAACAAUGUUGAACUUGAUUAUCAACAAUCCCCUUGGCAAAUCCAUUCUUACCGAAGCACUCAAUCGACGUUCUCUCGAAUCCAAAAAAUG